ACUCCGUGAACGACACGGAACCACAAAGAACAGUCAAUAUGGCGGACAGGCUAACGCAGCUCCAAGAUGCCGUCAACUCCUUGGCUGAUCAGUUCUGUAAUGCUAUUGGAGUCCUACAGCAGUGCGCCCCUCCCGCUUCCUUCAGCAACAUCCAGACCGUCAUCAACAAAGAUCAGCCGUCAAACCCCACAGAAGAAUACGCACAGCUUUUCGCUGCACUGAUUGCAAGAACGGCUAAAGAUGUUGACGUCUUGAUUGACUCUUUGCCCAGUGAGGAAUCCACGGCUGCCCUACAGGCUGCUAGUCUGAGGCAGCUGGAGGAGGAGAACCACGAAGCAGCAGCUCGGCUGGAAGAGGUGGUGUUCAGAGGAGAUUUACUGCUAGAGAAGAUACAGAGUGCUCUGGCUGAUAUUGCGCAGUCGCAGCUCCGCACACGCAGCGGUACAUCCAGCCAACCUGUAGCCCCUGAACCCUGACCACACGCUUCCAGCGUUAAACUAUGGACAAUAUAUAACCUCCACUGCAGGGAACUUUCUGUUCCGUGUUCAUUUGCUGAGAGUCGCAUUCUGGACAUGUUCGUGUUCUAGCCUUGUAUGCAGUGAUGCACGAUGACACAACUAUCACAUUGUUGUGAUCCAUGUAUGAUAACUAUCACAUGGAUUAAUAUGACUAUGAACUUGGACUAGUCUGAGGUGUUCAUAAGCUGAAAAGUGUUUAUUAUUUUGCCAAGGCUCUAGAUGUUACUCUUUUUGUAACAUAGUGUGAGUUUUUGUAUACGGUAAGUAUUCAUAAAUUUCAAGAAUUAUCACAAACUUUAAAAACACCAUUUAAAUAUACAUUUUUGUUUCCAUUACAUUAAUUUAAAUUUAUUUACAAACUCAUUGUUAAAACUAUCGAAUCUUCUUUACAAACCAUGGACAAAUAUACUGAACUCGCUUGUCUUCCUUAGUUGUGGUUCUAAUGCUGCAGCAUUUCUCAGUGGAUUGUAAUAAAUGUUUCACCUCUCUGUAAAUAUGCAAA